AUGGCUGCCAACCUCAUCCUGGUAGUGUUGGUGGUGCUGGAUCCGCAUCUCCAGACCCCUAUGUAUUUCUUCCUCUCCAGCCUCUCCUGCCUGGAGAUGAUCUCCACCUCCAACAUCUCCCCUGUGAUUCUUGCUGGUCUCCAGGCAGGCAAUGUGACAAUAUCUCUGGGCAGCUGCUUUGCACAGCUCUAUCUGUUCGGCUCCCUGGCCACCGUGGAGUGCUUCCUGCUGGCAGCCAUGUCUUAUGACCGGUAUUUGGCCAUGUGCCGCCCACUUCGCUACCCUUCCCUCAUGGAUGGCAAGGUCUGCGGGCAGCUGGUGGUUGGGUACUGGGUGGGCGGUUUCCUAUUCAUGGGGAUUGUGUCACUGUCACUUAUAGCCUUGAGCUUCUGUGGGCCAUACAAGAUAGACCACUACUUCUGUGAUUUCCAGUCCAUCCUGGAGCUCUCCUGCACCGACACCUCCAUUGUCCAGGUGCUCACGUUCUUCCUGUCCUUCAUCCCAGUCUCCCCAUUAUUUCUGACAGUCACUUCUUACAUUUGCAUCACCUGGGCUGUGCUGAGGAUCCCCUCUGCCUCAGGGCGGCACAAAGCCUUCUCCAUCUGCUCCUCCCACCUCACUGUAGUUAUGCAGUUCUAUGGAAAGUUGGUGGCUGUGUACAUGUUCCCCAGGAGCAGCACGGAGGUUCCACAGAAAAGAGCUCUCCCUGCUCUACAUAGUGCUCACCCCACUCCUCAAUCCCCUCGUCUACAGUCUGAGGAACCAGGAGGUGAGCAAGGCCUGUGGGAGAAUUGCCAGGAUGAUCUCAUCAGGGGGCUUAUACCACCAGCCAGUCUCCAGCUUUUGGCCCACCCAAUAGCUGCUACUGCAUGA